AAUAGAGGAUAAGUUCAGAAAGUACUCCACGUCUCUUUUGCUUUCUCUAUCUUCGACCACUUAAUUUCUUGUUCAAUACUUUGGGGCGUGUGACAAUGGCAGAUGAUCAGGUGGUUCUACUGGAUUACUGGGUUAGCGUGUUUGGGAUGAGGGUCAGGAUUGCGUUGGCUGAGAAGGAGAUCAAGUACGAUCGGGAGGAGGACUUGUUUGGAAACAAGAGCGAUCUGCUUCUCAAGAUGAACCCGAUUUACAAGAAGAUUCCAGUUCUAAUCCACAACGGGAAACCUGUAUGUGAAUCCCUCAUCAUCGUUCAAUACAUAGAUGAGAUUUGGAAUGAUAGGUCUCCAUUGCUGCCCUCUGAUCCUUAUCAGAGAGCUCAAGCUAGGUUCUGGGCUGAUUUUGUCGAUAAGAAGGUGGCUCCAAGGGGAGUACUAUGGGGAAAAGUAGAAGAGCAGGAGGCAGCAAAGAACGAGUUACUUGAGACUUUCAAGAUAUUGGAGGGAGAGCUGGGAGACAAGCCUUAUUUUGGGGGUGAAACAUUUGGGUUUGUCGACAUUUCACUCGUCACUUUCUCCUGCUGGUUCCAUGCCUUUGAGAUGUUUGGGAAAUUCAGCAUGGAGGCAGAGUUCCCCAAGAUCACUGAAUGGGCAAAAAGGUGCAUGCAGAGGGAGAGUGUCGCCAAGAGUCUUCAGGAACCCAAGAAGGUCGAUGAGUUUGUUGUGGAGUAUAGGAAGAGCCUUGGCCUCGAAUAGAGUAAUGUUUUUGCCAGAGGGUAGAAGCUGUGAAUGUCUGAAUUUGUAUGGUUUUGGCUGAGGGUCUUGAUUUUCAUAUGUGUCGUCCGUUGAGUUUUUUGGAUGCUUAUGCCUUAUGGUGUACGUGUCUGAUCCUAUAUAUGCUUUAGGUUAAAAGAGGCAUGAAACAUCAGUUAUGUUUGAAUAA